AUGUCAUCCUGCAUGAGAAUUAUAUUAGUAGAGUAUGAUAUCUUUCCAGAAAUUGAUAAUCUAAUGUCUAAAUACCUUACUUCUCAUAUAUUGUCUGCAGAAUAUAUGAAAAUGGCACAAUGCCUUUAUUUUAUUGCUAAUAAAAUGCAAUUAGAUGAUCUUGACUUGAAUUUAAUGGAUGGGUUCAUUGAAGAUUUUUAUGAUGCCAAAAAAGUUUUACUAAAAUCAAUGAUCGCUGAAGUGG